GUUGGAAACGUAUUCUCAUAGAUUCAUGUUGGUUUUUAUUCAAUAAGACUACUCGUAAUAUGUUUACAUUGAUACAAGGUGUAAUUUCGCAAGAUUUUUCAAUACGUGUGAAUCACGGAUUUUAUUACCUAUUAUGAUCAAAAUAAUAUAUAAAUAUUGUGUAACCUCGCGCAUCUAAAUAUAGUGUGUGAUUUGAAGAUACCAGUUAAGUGUAUGAAUCGCUAUCUAUUAAGCGGUCUCGUUAAUGGCAGAAGUAAUUCAGUGGCAGUGGCUAAUCAACCGUCGCUCGAACUCGCUGGGUAGAAGAUGUCUCCGAAGGUAGAAAAGAUCUCGGAACAAGCGCUCCUGAUAGGCGAAGGCCCGCAUUGGGACGACCGCACGCAGUCUUUAUACUUCGUCAGUAUACUGGAGAAUACUAUACACAAAUAUGACGCGGCUACUGGGACUCAUACUAGCACUAAAUUGGACGGUCGCCCAGGCUUCAUAGUGCCACUAGACGGGCACCUAGACCAGUUCGUCGUCGGCUUGGAGCGAGAAUUCGUGGUGGUACAAUGGGACGGCGUAGACGCUGCGAGGGUAGUACGAUUAUUAGGAGACGUGGAUCAGCAUGCUGUGGGGAACAGGAUUAAUGAUGGAAAGGCUGAUCCUAGAGGAAGGUUGUAUGCAGGCACGAUGGACGCAGCUACAACAAUGGAGACGCUAGAAGCUCACAAAGGCACGCUAUACCGAUUAGACGAAAGCGGCAUCACGGCUCUCUGUGAUCGGAUAACUAUAUCUAAUGGCCUGGCCUGGGAUGUGGGUGCUAGGGCUAUGUAUUAUAUCGACAGCGCAGAACGGAAUAUUAGGAGAUAUGACUAUGAUGCUGACACGGGGGACGUCUCAAACCCGCAAUUCAUUUUCGACCUGAAACAGCACGACGUGGAAGGCCUUCCCGAUGGAUGCACAAUAGACACCGACGGCAAUCUCUGGGUAGCACUCUUUGGGGGCGGCUGCGUGAUCCAAGUGUCACCUGACGGGCAGUUGCUUAGAGCAGUACCGGUGCCGGCUAAACAGGUAACCUCUUGCACCUUCGGCGGCCCAGAGCUGGACAUCCUCUUCGUGACGACGGCCCGCAUUGACACUGUGGAGGAACAGAAGUUCCCGAGCGGCUGUACCUUUAAGAUAACAGGACUUGGUGUCAAAGGACACCCUAAUGUUAACUUCAAACUCUAGUAUAAAAAGUGUAUAUGUUAUUUCUGAAAAGCUAGACGCCUUUCACCCACUCUAAGGACAAUGUGUUCUUGCACUUCUUAAAAAAACACAAAUAAUAAAAAAAGAUUUCUUCCCCAAAA